AUGCGGCUUCUAGAAACGACUAUGUUGGAACUGAGCGAGUUUGUCGAGGGCCACAUUCCCGAAUACGCCAUUCUUUCGCACACUUGGGGCGACGAAGAAGUCCUCUUUCGAGAUCUUGAAAAGGGCCCCUCAGCUAAAGCUGGAUGGACCAAGAUCCAGUCUGCCUGCCGCGUGGCCCGCGAACGGGGCCACUCCUGGAUCUGGAUUGAUACUUGCUGCAUCGACAAGGCCAGCAGCAGCGAGCUCUCCGAGGCCCUCAACUCUAUGUUCAAGUGGUACCAAGGGGCCCGCCUCUGCUUAGCCUACCUCUCCGACGUGGCAUACUAUAAGCCGGGGACCGACAAGUGUGGGACGGCUCUGGCUGGGAGUCGGUGGUUCACCCGCGGCUGGACACUCCAAGAGCUCCUGGCCCCAUCAUCUCUGGUCUUUUAUGCACAAGAUUGGAGACUUCUAGGGCUGCGAGGCCUUUUCGACGACGUCAUAGAGCAGAGGACAGGUAUUGAAAGACCUUACCUUUCGGAGGGGCGGAGCCUGGAAAGCGCGAGUGUAGCCGAGCGGAUGAGUUGGGCCUCACAAAGGAUGACGACCCGAACUGAAGACGUUGCCUAUUGCCUGCUGGGUAUCUUUGACGUCAAUAUGCCGCUCAUCUACGGUGAAGGCACCAAGGCCUUCAAGAGACUACAAGAGGCAAUUAUUCUAGAUAACAACGACCAGUCCAUCUUCGCGUGGGGAACUAUUUGCGAGGAGGACACGGUCAACCUUCCGUCCUUCCCGGAGGACCCGGACGGCUUGCCGCUCUUUGCGGCAAGUCCUACAGAUUUCAAGGGAUGCGGCGACGUCGAACCAAUCCCCAAUGGUAUUCCCAGUGCUCCAUUGCGCGUCGAGACUUCGGGCAUCACCAUUGUGACUCCACUUCUAGUAGGGGCAGAUUAUUACAAAUGGAGCUUGAGCCGCCCCUCCACUAAUUUCUUGGCACCUCUGCUCUGUCGGCGCCGCAAUCAAGUCUUCAACGUCAUCGCACUUGCUCUCGAUAGCACAGACAGGCCCACACCUGAUAGCCGCCUUUUGGAGGGAAGGUUAUUUUACAGGCGAUCAAGAUUGCUUUUGACCUUUCCAAUAACCGUAUGGGCGAGUGGGAGUCUCUGUUCGACUUUCAUCAAAUUUCAACCCUCGUCAUGGAUUGGAGUUGAAAUCCAUCGCGUCUUCGCCCAAAAAGGAUGUGCCGUUCGGACCCUACCUAAGGGAUCGUAUGGCCUUGCGUCGCCAAUUGUGAUUCCCCUCAAAGGUCCACUAGGGUCACAUAAUGAUGGGGAAGGGGAGCUCGCUCUUGUCUUGCAAUACCAGUACUUUUCGAAAGAUGCCGAUGACAGCGGCAUCCUCCGCUUCGAAACGGAGCCGUCAUGGAUGGUGAACCGGGUGGUGAAUAUACCUCCCGGGUCGACCAUUGAAGCCGUUGCGCACACGGUGCAGGCUGAAUCUGAGGCAUGGCCGGCGGAGUACGUACGUCGAAUCUCUGGCGCGAGCAAGAGGCCCGAAUCUGGCGGAGAUAGCGAGCUCCUUUCAGACUUAUUCAAUCGGAGUUCUUUGAGGACGUUUACCAGAUUCCAUGUCGGAGUUACAAAUGAGCCAGUACACGACCCGCUUCACAUCGUUGAUGUUGUGGAUUUGAUGGGAGAAAACGUCUCCCUGGAGAGGCAUCACUUUGGAAGAUACACUCCCGUUAAGGGUACAUAGUAGUUCGCUAAAUGAGUAGACGAUAACGGUUUCGAAGAUGGGAUACCUCUCUGACAUUGAGCUGCGAAACUCUGUCCCUUGGAGAGUCCUAUAUUUGGCAACUCAGGCAGAACAUAGCCCUUCAUGGACACUUGCUGGAUGACUCGUAGCCGAUCCCCAAUUCAUCCCAGCCAUCUGCCUCCCGGUAUCGGUCGAGCCAUCAGCGCGGAUGUACGAGCCUAUCACCCGUCAGUCUCUGUAUCCCUGGC